UCCAUCCAUGUCCAUGCGCAAUCCAUAAUAAGGCCACGCGCAUGUGCAGUACGCUCAUUUCGGGGGUAAGCAAUCUAAAAACAUGGACAUAAGUUGUACUCCUUGCAGGGUACGGGCUAGCUCUUUUUAGUCUAUUCAUCAGUCGCCGUCUAGGCCACGUACAGUAUUCCUCUCUCAAUUGUAUGUAGAUCUUUCCUCUCUCACAAGCCCUCUUUCCCUCUCUUGUCCUUUCCUCCUUCACUACAGUCCUCUGGAUUAAAAUCUUUCCUCUCUCACAAGCCCUGCUCUUCCCCUAUCUUCUCUUUUUCUCCAGAUCCCGUACGUCGGUCGGUCCGAGAUAAGACCGGGAGAAAAACUGGUGAGGGAUAUCCAGGUGCCAACGUUUCCAAAGGAAAUGUCCCGACCACUCAAUAGGACUCAAAUGGCUAGAGCAACCGUACAAAUCCGAGACUUUGCUAGUGGUACUAUAAGCAGCUUACUGGUUAAUCUAUUUUCAAACACUGUUCCUGCUGACACUUUUGAGUUGUAGAGAUUUUUUAGUCUACUUCUAACAUCUAAAUCUAAAUCUUGUUUGGACUUUUAGUACGAUUUUUUUUAGGAUAAACUAGAACUAAGGGACCGACAACUUGGAUUAUAUUUGAGGUACUAGGGGACUUCUUGGAUUUAUUGCGAAGUACUUACUUUUGACUCUUAUUUUUGUUAGUCUAGUUUGUUCUAGACGUGCAGAUGCUCAUCAUCACUCUCUGGCUGUAUCGUGCUGAACUGAUUUAAACUGCUACUUAAAAAACUGACACUCAUCUCAAAUUUGAAAUCCCUAUCGCACCCCUCUUCACGACGGACUUCCUGGAGAAAAAUGAUCCCCAUCUUCUAGACUUCUUCAAACAAAAAUCAUUGGAAAAAGCUGGAAUUCCAAUUUACCCCUCAAUUUACCUCCUCUUACUUUCCUCACUGGCUACUUCCAUACCGGGUCCCCACGACCUCUCAGAGAAAAACAACACUGGCCAUGAGGAAUAUAUGGCGACGAUGAAGGGAAACCAAAAAGAAGCGACAAAAAGGGAGUUCAGUGAAAAUCCAUACGUGUACAGCGUUAAGGCUCUCGAUAAUUCACCUGUUCAUCUAGGCUCAGAUGCAGAAAGUUGUGAGUUCUAGGUUCAGAAAAUUUUUAGACAAUUACAUCUAGAAUGAAUAGUGUACUGUAGUCAGUGCCACUGCCACACGUUCUUUUGCACUGUUCUCUCUGCUUCAAAGUGUUGAUGGACUUUGAAGCAGAGAGAGCAGUUGCUUCACAAUGGGGUGGACCUCUGUGUAAGAGAAGUCACAGGAGAGCUCUCAAAGAGAGGACUCUGCUUCAAAGUCUCUCAAAGAGAGGACUCUGCUUCAAAGUCUCUCAAAGAGAGGACUCUGCUUCAAAGUCUCUCAAAGACGGAGAUGUGACUUCAAGUGUCUCUCUCUUUCUCACUCUGAACCGCUAACAGUGUGGAUAUCAGGCAACGGACAAAGGAGUACGACAAUCUGGACUCGACGUUGCGAGCGAGGAUGAGUGGUACUAUCUAAUAUUAAGUGGAGUUAUUAGUUAUUAGUUGUAGACACUGACGUUCUUUUUCUUAAGAAUGUAGAUGUAUCGAUUGUGAGUGUAACAUUGUAUAUCGAUUGUGAGUACUAUCUAAUAUUAAGCAUAUCGAUUAUUUAAUAACCUCCACUUAAUAGUGGCUAGUAGUUAGUCGCUUGCUUUCUCGUCCUCAAGGUUGAUCAUCCUUCAAUUCGUCUUUUCUACUACUUGUCCUAUUAAUAAUCAAUGUGUUUUAUUAGUUAUAGACACUGACGUUCUUUUUCUUAAGAAUGUAGAUGUCCUCCUUUUCGACUGCGUAUUAGUAAUGAACAGAGUUCUUGGAGACGAGUACGUCUAGUUCAUAUUAGAUAGUGGGGAGGUCGUUCGUAACCGUAUUCGCAAAAUAUUAGAUAUUUAUAGAUUAUAGAUCAUGUAGAAGACUUUUCUCGAACAUGUAACUCACUGCCAGAUGUGCGACCAGCGGGAUUGGCGUCGAUAAAUCCAACGUUGGGCACGGUGGGCGUGACCGCGAAUUUAGUCGGGAAUGUUAAGGCUUCUCUUAUAUGUAAAUGUAAUUCAUAUUUACCCAGUCACACACACUUUCAAAUGAUCUGGUGGGUUGAAGGCUUGCUACUUCUGUUGAUACUUACACUUUCGAAUCAUCUCUCUGGUGGACGUGGAGGUGGACAUAUAGAUAAAAUAAACGGAAGAUUGCAUUGCCCGACAGCAUGAGAAUCUCAAUCGAUCUGCUUCUCCUAAUGAUUCAACAUUUGAGAUGAAGUCAUCCUAGGAGAGAGGCGUCCAAGGGGAGGUCCUCAAGAAGUAUGAAUCAAAACUAUCUCGAGGAUAUUGGGUGGGAUGGAAGUAUAUUUCUUUACUGUCUGAAGUAGAUGGGUGAUAAGAGCGACCUCUAACACUACAGGUCCCGAGGCCUUUGACAAGUGGAGAAAAACGACUCCUUGGGCGUCCAAUCCGAACCGCAAUCGGGCCUUUGACUGGGCCAACGAUCCCUACAGCUUCUGAGUUACGACUAGUAAGUGUGUAGUAGUUAGCACUAUAUAUAACCUGCUAGGAGUAGUAGCUCAAACUACAGCGUCUCAAACCUACUUCUAUUUGGACCAUCCGGCAACGAUUCUGUUAUCAGAGCUACUGCUUCUAAGACAUCUGCAGUAAGUUUUGUAGUAGUAAACUGUGACUAGAUUUUUGAGUAAAGAGGUGUGUAAGUAGUUGGAAGCCUAAGAAUAUUAAAACAGUACUAAGACUUGUUGUUUUUUGUUGGACUAAAAAUGAAAUUAAACGACAGCAACAUUAUGUACAAGUAACUAAACAUCCAACAUCCAUGGACUAAAAAUGAAAUUAAACGACUGCAACAUUAUGUACAAGUAACUAAACAUCCAACAUCCAUCCAUCUAUCUUAGCAAAAAAUGACUUCGUCUUCUUCUUUCUAAAAUGUGACUGUUGUUUUCCGACAUCCACUUUCUUGAGUGUAUGAUUAAGCAACUGUGAUACAACAUAUUCUUGGCAAUGGACUUCUCCAUACCGUGGAGCAACGUGCUGUAUUGAUAUUUGUGUACCAUGCGUGCCUGUGCCUACAGCGGCUAGUUAGUUAGUUACUAGAAAGCAAGGAACAAUUGUACGCAAGAAACUGCUGCUGCUAGUUGUGACAGCUCGCCUUUUGAAACAAAUGUAUCUGAAAUGUAUUUUUUCUUUGCUAUCUGGGCACGCUCAUGAUCAUCGACCUCCAUGGUAUCAAUUGUAGCUGAGGCGAGAUGCUAUUUGCUCCUCCAUCAAAUUGAUAGACACAGUGGGGUCUGUUCAUCAAUAACAAGAUGAAGCGAAGGCUUCGCAG